UGGACACCGGUUGAGCGUUGGCCGCCGUAGAUAUCGAGAUGACGAGCGUGGAUGCUGAGCAGGCGUACCUUUCGCCCACGUUCCAGUCCAGCGCUCUGCACGCUCCCAGUGAUGUCCGACGAGCUACUAUCUCUGAUCCCAACUACUCAAGGUACCUGUCUAGCGGGGGACCGGCCAAGUCGGGGAAAAAGCACUCCCCGGACACGACCGAGGUGGAUCGGCCCCGACCGGGAACAGCCGGGCAUCAAUGGGGACGGCACUGGAGCUACGGAGGCAUUGGCUCCAACGUAGCGCACGAGUUCACUCAGUACGAUCCUUACGGACGGCCGUUCGGCAUCCGUGGACAUGAUCACUGGACGACAGGAGCAUCGGUUCUACCAAGGGAUGUCAACAUUGAUGAAAGCUACAAACUGACCGACAUGAAGCGUAGUGACGUCAGGCCCAACGACGAACUGGUACCACGACCACUCUCCGUCAAUCUAGCUAAGGAUCAGGUGAAGAAGAGAUUUCCAGCCGACCAUCCGUUCACCUCGCACACCCUGCAGCGUGAAAUGUUCCCCCGUGUUGAGCCACCCCCGGAGGGUGUACUCGAUGAAGACACUGGCCUGCCGCUCAGGAGGAACACGGGUCCCAUUCCACCGCUCAGUGCACAGACUACGGUGCGACACAAGACCAGGGGAGCGUCUGCCAGACACGAGAAGCUCAUCUUGUUCGACGAGGAGGAGAAAGUCAAGGUCAACCAGAGCCGACCGCUUCCGAACGACGUCUGGGAUGUGGAUCGGUCUGAGCGGCACAAGAGAGCACUGACGUACCCCGCACCACAAGUACUAUACAGCGCUCGUCCCGAGCAGCGCACAAGCAUGACGGUGCGGCCGCGAACGGCCAACGCCCUGGCCAACAUGCAGGACAAGGCGUUCGGCACUACGACGUACGGUGGACAGCACACUGGAAGAGGGCCGCAGCACAUCAGCCACAUUGACGACUACGAGGAGAAGAAGACGAACAAGGAGAUUGCCGACAUGUUUCCCGAGGACAGUGGCGGUGGAAAUUCAGAUGCUCAAACUUGGAAGCCUGGACUGAAGCUGACAACCAAUCACGCCAGCUCUCUGAAACCGGCAUCAGCAAUCUCGCGCAACUCGGCAAUCCCUCCGGCACGGUUCGGUGGUGAUGGCUACACGAGUGGUUACCACGUUGCCAAGCCCCGCGAAGGACGCCACUCGCGCACCACUGCGGCCAACCUGAAAGUGGAGGACGACGCUGCGGCCGAAGAGUACGGAGAGAUCACGGCGGAGGGACACAUGAGACCGGGCACGGCGCGAUGUAGGUCGGCGGGAGCUGUUCGAUUCAGCAACUCCGGUGACAACCCGCCGACGAUGGCCAGUAAGAAACUGAUCAGUGGGAGCCGACCAGGAACACCCUGGGUAAAGCGACCCGGUACAGGUCGGUAUCGCGGUGAUUCAUCAGACGAAGACGACAAACCAGCAACCACUUCAGGUGGUGACGGUGAGACGGAUGGUGAUGACGACGACGGCAGCGAGGAUGAAGUGGAUACUGCUAACAGCACGCCGCGAACUGCUGAUGGAUCCAGUGGUGGGCCUGCACAGCGGCCCUGGUCUGGUUUAGACAAUAGACAGAAGUCGGCGUGCCGCUAUGAUACAUCUAACUUUGCUGACGGAUGGCGACCGGGUACCGGAGUGCCUCGCCCGAGAUCGACGUUUCACGAACGGCAAGACGCGUUCCACAAGUCCUCCGUGCACGAUCAGCUGAACAAGGACUUCCCGGAGAGGCCUCCUGACGUGCGUGAUAACCAACACUUUCCAGGUAACACGCGCCACACAAUACACGGAGCACACAGCUAUUGGUAUCACCAUGGCUGAGUGACCUGCAUACAUACUGCAUACGGAACGCACACGUAUUGCUAUUGGUAUCACCAUGGCUGAGCGACCUGCAUAAUACUGCAUACGGAACGCACACGUAUUGCUACUGGUACCAGCAUGGCUGAGCGACCUGCAUACAUACUGUAUACAGAACGCACACAUAAUAUUAUUGCUAUUGGUAUCAGCAUGGCUGAGCGACUACAUGUACAUAAUAGUGUACACUGACCGCACCCUUAUUGGUAUUACCACGGCUGGGCGACAAGACUGUAUACUUGACUUUUGUACCAACAGUAGCUGUCCAGGGACAACAUUGCUCACUCCACUCAAAGGCCGAUUCACUGUAACAGCUACGAGCAAGAGGGAAUGCACAAUCUCCAACCAGAGUAGCUCAACAUCGUCUCAAAUGCUCAACCGGCGAGAGAGUGAUAAGCUGCGUCAGACCGUACCAGCACAGCCCACCCGUAAGCAUUCUGCCAUCAAACUGAGAUUGCAGCUUGAGCUUCAUAGUUGUAUAGAUCACAUAUACAGCCAAUUUUAAUCUCUUCGGUAAGUCGGUACAUGAGUAGACUGUAGUUGGUGUGCAAAGUCGGGAUUCAUGUGAAGCUUUUACGCAAGUGCCGGAGAGAUCUCUGAUAGUCUGGCAUUGCAAGCUAGCGACCAGUGCUGCUGACAUUAGCUACACUGUAGUGUCUUGUGUACACAUGCCUACAGAGCUAGGCCUAGGGUACACCUUGUGUCCUUUUUGAUAGGGUCUUGAUCGAGUGGUUUUCUAACAAGCCUACUUGUAUGGUUCUAUUGUUUUGUCAAUUUUACAUCACAUGCCGUGGUUAUUUUUCAGGCUGCAGCCAUUAGUCUCAUUGUUGGUCAGUGUAUCCAUGGUGACUAUAAUUAUGUUUACACUGUGCCCUAUGUAUGUACAUAAUCAUGUGAUGGCUGUGACGCAGUGUAACGGAUAAUUCCUAUACCAAGAGUGCAUAAACAAGAGUAUGCAACUGUGGUGAUGGGUCAGUGCGCGGCGCGCUGCCUUCAUUACGUAACUUGCCUUCAUCACGCUCUGAAAGCAUGCAUCAAACUCACAAUUUCUCGUGCGAGCCAGUCCGUUUUUGCUCGAUUCGUUCCGGUACCUACGCGAUAUCUAAAUUAUGGCGCGUGAACUCCAGUUCCGUACGAAAGUUCAUUUCAAACCAGUGGGAAAGUGCGGUGUUUGAUUUUCCUCAGUGCGCGGACUGCAGCUGAAUGAUGUAAUGAAGGCAGCGCGCCGCGCAUCUGGCCCAUAGAAAAGAGAUCACAGUUGCAUACUCUUGUUUAUGGACUCUUGCCUAUACUUAUAAAUGUUUCACAAUACUGAGCGCUGAGAAAUUUCUCGCUGCUGACAGUCAGUGUCUCAGGCGGCAUGAACGUUAGUGCA